UUGUAGAUCUGCCCAUCUGAUCGACUAUAUGCAGUACACACGCAUAGAAACGCAUGAGGCAUACUCAUCAACGAAGCUUCUGGACCUUGCUCUCACAUCUCUGGAUUGCUAUUUGGAUUAAAGUUCCUUCAAGAGCCUGGAACGAGGUCAACCAAGUGCAGACAUCCCAAUGGAUACCGAAAAUGGUCAGAACAUCUCUGCGCCCGAGGCAUCCUGUGACUCUUUCUCCCCGUCUUUGCACCAGAAAGGUCUUAUCCCCGCCAUGUAUAGCGUCAUCUUUGUGCUCGGGUUCCUCGGCAAUGUGCUGGUGGUGUGUGUGCUCUGUCAGCGUUCCUGCCGGCAAACGGUUGCCAACACAUACCUGGUAAACCUGGCCAUGUCGGACCUGCUGUUCCUGUCCAGUCUGCCGUUUUGGGCUGUGUACUACUCGUUAGACUAUACCUGGGUAUUUGGCUGGGUCAUGUGCAAAGCUUGCGGGGCUCUGAUGUCUCUCAACGUCUACGCCAGCAUUUUCUUCAUCACCUGCAUGAGCGUGGACCGCUACCGGGCCAUCGUCCACCCGUUCAGAUCCCAGUGCAACCGGAGUGUGUGCCGGGCCAGAGUGGUGAGCGCAGUCAUCUGGGUGAUAGCCGCGAUAAGCACGGUGCCCAACGUGUACUUCCGCCAACUGCACCCGCUGGCCUCACUGAACGUGACGGGCUGCGUUUUCGUGUACCCCUCCGCACACUGGUAUCCCGCCCAGGCUCUGGCCAAAAACACGCUGGGCUUCCUGCUCCCCUUCACCGUCAUUGUUACCUGCUAUUAUCGCAUCGGACACCACCUGCUUCUCACGCCCACCAUCGAGCAGGGCCCAGAACACCUGGACCGGGUGUUGCGCAUGGUGGUCGCCGUGGUGCUGGCCUUCUUCUUGUGCUGGUUCCCAUUCCACGUCCUCACGUUUCUGAGCGCUCUGAUGUCGCUGGGCAUCCACAUGCCGUGCUGGCUGGAGAAGGCCGUAGAGUUGCUCAUGUCCUUCUCCCUCUGCCUGGGCUUCUCCAACAGCGCCAUCAACCCCUUCCUGUACUGUUUUGUGGGAAACCACUUCCGUGAGCAGCUGUGGCGCCUGUACAGGGAGAAGGCGCCUCGCCUAUCUCAGAAGAGGGACUCCAUCAGCACACGCCUCAGCUCUUUCUCCAGGAAGCUGAGUGACCUGAGAGAUCCUGGGACUCCGGAUACACCCACUCUGCGCUCGGCGUCACAGUCCCGAUGAGUUCAGAGCGACGCGGGCACACUACACCUGUCUUUCACACCCUUAGGGUGCCCUGAAGUUUUUCUAACCCUCCCCUGGACAAGGAUAUAAAAUAGCCUGUUGAUAUUCUGAGCUUUCAACAGUCUCAAAAUCCAGAGUGGCGGGCAUCUUUAAGCUCUUGGAGCAAAUUUGGGUUAGCUCUGCUCCAUAGCAGAAAUAACAUGGACAGAGAUUAGGUAUUUAAACUUAAUACACCACUGUGUAUUAAAUCAAAUCUCUAUAUGUACCAUACAACUGAUCACCACUAAAGAUUACAGUACUUAGUUAGUAAAUUAACAAAAAAGAAAUUGACUCAAAAACACAAUGGAGGCUAACUGGUAAAUGGAUGCUACUAAAAAGUGUCACUAUGCAUCAUAAACCAGGGAAGGGAGAAACAGUGUGGAACACUCUGGAAUUCUUAAGAGUCAUGGAUCUCGCAGAGAUUAGACUACUUUUCCACAUGGAAUAAAUAUAUUAUAUAUAACCAUUAAACUUUUUUAAUUCAAAACCAGAAAACCUCAGGGAAGGUGAAAGUAACUAGAAAUACAUUUUACUGUAAUGAGAGUGUUCAUGCUUAAAAACUCAUGAAAAAAUGGUACUUUAAAGCUUAUAGAUUAUUUAAUAUUAAUAGGUACUCUCCCAAAAGAGAUCAGGCUGUAGUUUGAAAACAGGGCUAUAAAGUGUCUUAUUUGGAAUACUUGCUUACAUUAAUACCCAAUAGACUUCAAUUAGAUGUGGGAUUUGAAUUUUUUUUUGUGUGUGUGAAAAAAAGACAUACCAAAGUUCAUGCCUGUCUAAACUGAAGGUGUGCUAUGGAUGUGGGAAACGAAAAAAAAAUAAAAUCCUUUAACAUAACCCUUAGUACUGAUGCUGGCAUUCCAACAUGAGUAAUGUACAACACAUGUUAAUGUAUCAAAUAUUUUAAUGUAUGUAAUAUUAUAUAAAACUAUAAAACAUGUUGAACUGUGUCAUAUUAGUCAAACUGAAUAUGUGUUGUGUACUUCCACAGAACCUAUAAAAAUGCUUUCAUAACUUGUCUGCACUUGUCAAAACAUGCCAUGAAUAAACGGUAUGACUUCC